CGGGCGUUCGCCAGCUGCAGGUCGCUACAGGAGCUGCAGAAACGGUCGUCAAGAGCUCAAGUUGCGUCAAAACAUGAGCACAGACACAAAAGAAGUUCGCACCGCCGCCGCCCCUCCAUCGAGAUUUUACAACUUCACCUUCCCCUCGCAAGACGUGCCGCCUGAGCUUUCACCACAUUGGACCAGACACUCUCCAUUGAAAGGCUCCCCCUCGCCUGCAGCGUCACUGCGAUUCAAGACACUACCGAUGUCCUCCCCAGACAAGAUGCCGCCGACUGCCGAGUCAGAGCAAGACCGCCGCGCCAGCCUGUCGCCAGACGAGGUGCAAUCAUCCACUCUACCAGAACGUGUGCCCGCUCGCGCCAGCAGCCCGCCACCAGACAAGAUAUCUUCGCCUGCCGAACCAGAUCCAAUUGCCAUGCCACUGCCAGAUUGCCAUGGCAGCUCGUUGUCGCGACGUGACUCGACGGGCAGCAACAGAACACUAACUAGUGGAUUAAGUCUCAGUGCCACAGCACCGUCGCGUAGCCAGCUUAGCCUCAGAGCGUCGCCACCAUCGACUCGACUACUCGCAGGCACAUAUGCAUCCUCCACUCGGCCUUCGCCGGCCACCACGAGGCGCGCUCCAAUUCCCACCCGCCGGCCGUCCUCAACCUCGAUUUCAAGACUCCCACGCCCCGACGUCAGUUAUCCCAUCACGACUAUUCCGACCACCAGAUGGGGCGCUCGUGUCAAUAAGUCCAUCUCCGACACCGGGGUGAGCAACCAGCUUCCGCGCCCGUCGCCUUCAGGUCCAGUAUCAGCAAAGCCGCUUCCGCCGCGCCCGGUCGCUACUCUCGCGUCUACACCCAGUCCUUCAAAGGACGGCCGAACUCUGAUCGAUGCCAGUGAGCAGCCCUUGCAGAUCAUUACGGAUGCCGAUGGCGAUGCUCACGAUUGGCCAGCACUUACCCCACGGUCCUUCAGCGCACCACAUCAGUUCGACGCAAACGCCAGGGUCACGCCAAGCUCUAUUCCACGCAUGGUGUCAAUCAGUCACAGUCACCGCAGUGCACAACCCAGCUCUAGGACUUUGGUGGACCAUGUCGUUGGCAGAACCUCUGCAUUGACCGAUCGCACUUCGCACUUGUCAUUCGUUACUGCGGACGAGGCUAUGGACAUUGACGCUCGGAGUGGAACGGCAUCAUUCCUGGAGGACACUUCCCAGAAGUCUACCCGCGAAGAUCCAGCACCACAGGGUAUCUAUCCUUCUCGCGAUCAGUCUCUGGCAGCAUCUCACAGCUUCGACGAUCUCCGGUCAUCGACUGAGAAACCCCUACCUCAACUUCCAACACUGCCCGAUUUUGCCAACGAGAUGUUGACCUCCGAGUACGAAGCACACAAGCGCAACACACCGCCGGCCAACUUUUCACGACCAAUGUCCAAGUCUCCCAAUCUCUUAGCUGAGUCGCCAAGUUUCGCCGCAAAUGCUCGACAGCAGAAGACCGCAUCGCGUAUCCCAAGAUUUGAAUACAAGAGCAGACCAGUGCGUGUCAAUUCGCAAGGCCUAGACGUCGCAUCGGAACAGCCUACACAGAGUAGUCCAUCACUGAGCGGUCUAUACUCAACAUCACCCAGUGCAUUCGCCGUCACCAGCCGCGAGCUGCAGCAUCAUAUCCAGCGCACAAACACCAACGGCAGCACUGCUAGCGAGGACUCUCCAUCUCUGCCUCGACGCAUUCGCAAAUACCGCACUCGUGAUCACAGCGGAAGUAGUACUCCCGCCUAUACCACCGGUGCGAGUUCAGCAGAUGAAGAGGACCUUGUCACGCCUGUCAGCUCACCGUCCCUGCCAAGAUCAAGCAGUAUGGCGAAUCUCACGCCCGGUGAGGAGAAUACCGAUGAUGAUGAACCCUUCAUGUCGUACUCACCAAACAUACCACGAACCAAGCACUUGCCUCCUUCUACAAGCCGUCAUACCGACCAACUUGCGACCAUUCCAUCUCUGCCGGACUUCAAGAACUGUUCUACCCACCUCUCACCAACGCCAAGGAAGUAUAUCGCAGAUGCAAAGACUGAGAUCGAAGAGGAACUGAACGUUGUUGAUGACCAGAACGAUGCUGUAAUGAAGGAAGAGCAGACCGAACUCGACUGUGAGACUAAGGAUCAACACACACACACGCUAUCUCAACUGGAAGGCCAUCGCAGACCUACACGCCAAUUCACCAAUGACAAUCGUCUAUUGCAAACUCUGACCCCUACUGUACAUACACCCAGCUAUGUCCGACCAAGCGACAGCUUUAUCGCCGCGGCUACAGUAGCCCAAAAAUACGUGGAGCAAGACUCCGUUGGCAGUGAGCAGAUUGAGGCACGCCAGCAGAAAGUACAAGAGGAAGAAGCUCAAGCUGCAUCGAAGAACGAGCCUGGAUAUGGAGACUACCCAGCCCCAAAUAUCCCGAGCAAAUGGUCGGACAGUACGCCGUCAGGCAUGGCAAGCUCCUCUGGAGACUCACCGAGGGAGCCGCAGACCUCGAUUGGAUUCCCAUCAGCCGAUCGCAUCCCGAGUACCAGAGCUGCUCACCCUUCUGCCUCCGCCAGCCGCCACUCUUCGCCGACACUUGGCAUCACCACGCCGUACCAGCCAGAGCCCGUGAGAAACGUGAAGCGUGCUCGAGAGGAUAUCGGCGGGCGUGGCGGCUUCGCGCGGAUGACUGCAGCAUCAGCUGCCAAAGCCUCGCCCUCGACGCGCACCCCACGGGCUCCGGGCAACCCCAUGGGGCCACGCGCACGAAGCAAAAGCCGCACGGUGCUGGCCAAGGUGGCCGGCUUCUUCUCGCACAAGAAAGAGAAGAAGCCGCACCAGCUUCAAGUGGCCCCGGGCCCCCCAUCGCCGCCAACUCUGCUCGAGGCCGAGCAGCCAGAGCCAGCCGCCGCUUCUCCGGCCAACGACACCACCUCCGCGCCACUAGAUGGCGAGUCUGACGACGUGAAGACUCUGGCGGAGAAGCUGGAGGAGAAGGCUCGGCUGCAGAGCUCGCCAACGAGCAAGGCGAGGAUGAUGAACUUCGCUCACAUCCUCAGAGAGGCGGUGGCGAACGCCAAAGAGGCAGAGAAAUUUGCCUUGGCGGCAAAGCAGGCGGCCGAGCAGGCCGAAACGGCUCACGAGAAGACGAAGGUGGCAGCGGACAUGCUGCAGAGGCUCGCCACCAGCCUCGUCCGCCUGUAG